GUUAAUGCGGAAAUCCCACAUAUUCAAAAUCCAACAUGGCGGCGAGCGAGUCUGGAGAUGAUUCUCUCUAUCCAAUUGCAGUUUUAAUCGAUGAAUUAAGAAACGAAGAUGUUCAGCUGAGACUGAACAGUAUCAAGAAGCUGUCUACAAUAGCGUUGGCCUUGGGCGUGGAGAGGACGAGAAGCGAGCUCAUUCCCUUCCUCACAGGUGACUUGCAAGAUACGAUAUAUGACGAAGAUGAGGUGUUAUUGGCACUGGCUGAGCAGCUGGGACAGUUCACACCACUUGUCGGUGGCCCUGAGUGUGUCCACUGUCUGCUGCCCCCACUAGAGAGCCUGGCCACUGUAGAGGAGACUGUGGUGAGAGACAAGGCAGUGGACUCGCUGCGACAGAUCGCCGCCGAGCACUCGCCCGCAGACCUGGAGAACCACUUCGUCCCACUACUGAAGAGGCUGUCAGCUGGAGAUUGGUUCACAUCAAGGACGUCAGCCUGCGGACUGUUCUCUGUCUGCUAUCCACGUGUGUCUAACAGUGUCAAGUCCGAUCUCAGACAGCACUUCCGGAACCUGUGCGGUGAUGAUACGCCCAUGGUGCGUCGUGCAGCGGCGGGGAAACUGGGGGAGUUUGCCAAGGUGGUGGAGACUGAGUACCUCAAGUCUGAGCUCAUCCCCCUCUUCACUACACUAGCACAGGAUGAGCAGAACAUAAUAUUUCAGGACUCGGUAAGGCUUCUCGCUGUAGAAGCCUGCGUUAGCAUUGCCUCCCUGUUGCCGCCCGAUGACACGGAGCAGCUGGUCAUGCCCACCCUCCGUCAAGCCGCAGAGGACAAGUCCUGGAGGGUCCGUUACAUGGUGGCCGACAAGUUCACAGACCUCCAGAAGGCGGUGGGUCCUGAGAUCACCAAGAACGACCUGGUUCCAGCCUUCCAGAGUCUGUUGAAGGACUGUGAGGCUGAGGUCAGGGCUGCAUCAGCUCAUAAAGUCAAAGAUUUCUGCCAGAAUCUGUCCCCAGAUGUUCGCGAGAACAUCAUCAUGACCAACAUCCUUCCCUGCGUCAAGGACCUGGUUUCUGAUGCCAACCAACAUGUUAAGUCUGCUCUAGCCUCCGUCAUCAUGGGUCUCUCCCCGAUACUAGGCAAAGACAACACAAUAGAACACCUGCUCCCACUGUUCCUGUCCCAACUGAAGGAUGAGUGCCCCGAGGUGAGACUCAACAUCAUCUCUAACCUGGACUGCGUCAACGAGGUGAUCGGCAUUGCCCAGCUGUCUCAGUCCCUGUUGCCCGCCAUCGUGGAGCUGGCGGAGGACACCAAGUGGCGUGUCCGCCUCGCCAUCAUUGAGUACAUGCCCCUCCUGGCCGGUCAACUUGGUGUGGAGUUCUUUGACGAGAAGCUAAAUUCGCUGUGCAUGACAUGGCUGGUGGACCAUGUGUACGCAAUCCGUGAUGCAGCCACACAAAACCUGAAGAAGCUGGUGGAAAAGUUCGGAGUGGACUGGGCCCAGCAGACAGUCAUCCCCAAAGUCCUUCAGAUGGCUCGGGACCAGAACUACCUACACAGGAUGACCUGUCUAUUCUGUAUUAACUUAUUGUCAGAGGCUUGCGGGUCGGAUCUCACUCUGAAGCUCAUGCUACCCACUGUCACUGGAAUGGCAGGAGACGCAGUCGCUAAUGUCAGAUUCAACGUCGCCAAAACAUUACAGAAAUUAGGACCUUUAUUUGACCAGUCGACGUGUCAGCAGCAGAUCAAACCUUGUCUAGACAAACUGAAGUCUGAUUCAGAUAUAGAUGUACAGUAUUUUGCCCUGGAAGCUCUUGAUGCCCUGAAGCUGUCUGCAUAAGCUAACCUAAUUUGUGAUCUGUUGUGGCGAGGUUCCCGUGGCGACACCUGUGAUGAUCAACAAAGUCUUCGCGACAGGAACCUCGGCCGUCCCGGAGUAGCUCGGCAAGCAGCUUGGAGGAGACUGUGUAACUUGCUAAUAUCGUUAUAAUUACUGUAGUGAGAUAUAUGGACGGAUGGACACGCACACCCGUGUGCUGCUUCCCAAAGACUGGAUUACCUACUGUGUUUUGUGUCACGUGACCGAUGUAGCCAGAGUGGGAAGAUGCUCAGCAAUACAGAGCUCCCUCCACAGGGCUCGGGCAAGAUGAACAAUUGUAUAAAGAUCCUUCCCUGUAUGAUGAUCAAUUCUUGGACUUUUUAAAAAAUACAGUUCUUUACUUGACAAACUUCCUCAGCCGUAUUGGAAAUCCUCAGCUUUGGUAUCAGUUUGUUAUCAAUUUGCGUUGUUUAUGAGUUUCUUGUACUUAAACAUGGUAUGUUCUGUGCCGGAGAAUGAAUAGGUGAUGACAUUCUUUCUUAUCAGGAACGUGCAACCACUAUUUUAUUUUGGGGAACAAGGUUUUCUGUGUUUUCAUUUUUUAUCAAAAAGGGCAGAUAAUAUAUAAUUCAAAGAUCUAUUAAAAAUUAAAUAAAACACUGCCUUCAAUUGAAAGUUGUUUUCAAUUCAAAAGCAAUAAAACUAGAGUGAAUUUUGGAUAAUCAGUUGCAUAUCAUUUGUCUUUAUUCUUAUUAUUUAUUAAUUUGUUUAUGUAAUCAAAUUCACUGUAGAUAAAAAAAAUACAUACAUCCAGAUAAAUUAAACGUUUGAUGAAUGAGAAAUAAUUGCAAUCAAAUAAUGAAGUGAAAUAGUUACAAUGCAUUAAAAUUUUAAAUUUAACUAAAAGUGAAACAGCUUGCCUCUUAAAGUGUUAUCCUGUUAUUUUCAUCACAUUUUCUAAUCAGUUUUUGUAAUCGAAUGAGGAUGUACUAAUAAGUCUUGUGAUGUUAUGUUUGUAUCCGUCACGGAUGAGGAAGCCUGUCAGAUGUACGUACAAGGCCGUGUUGUUGGUAGCGAGGUGUUGUGGCGAUUUAAUUCUGCUUCUAUUUGUCUCUCUUCUCUCAUGUCGUCACAUAGCCCCGCGCCGCUUCACCGUGGCGCUGUCACUGUCACCACAGCCACAUGUAUUGUAAUAUCACCUGACUCAUGUUAUUUGCAGCUCCCAUGUUCCAGUGAACAGAUUGUAAUAAAAUGUUGAAUGUGUCA